AUUAAAAAAAAAAGACGAACAAAAAAGUAAAAUAACAAAAGAUAAACGAUGUAAAGUUUCGCCACCAUUAUCACUCAAAGUCUCGGCCCCGAUCAAAAUUUCCAGUUUUUUUGUAUAACAUUAAAUUCUACGUAAAUAUCAAUUUCUCACUGGUUCUCAACAAUUAAUUCAACGUAAUGUCUACGACACAAACCAUUGAUGAGACCGAUAUUAUUUGCGGAUUAAAAGCUGCAAUCACAGAACUGGAAUGUCGUCAGCAAGCCCAAAUAUUAAAAAGAAAAAAAGAAAAAGCGGUAUCGCCAGCUGUGUACAUAACAAUACCUAUACAACAUGUAACACAUAUUAAAAAACAAAAAGCACGGAGCAAGUCCAAAUGCGAUAAACGUGCUUCUUCAAAAGGUAUAAAGGAUCCUGUAGCAGAAAGUGGUUAUAAAGACAAAGAGAAAUUUGAUCGACGCAAGAAAACAUCUCGUGUGUUGUUCCCGGAAAUGCGAGGAGGUGUAUUGUAUUCCAGAUGUUGUUGUCUGCAUAGAGACGGCCUUCAAGAUAGUUGUCCCUUAACACAAUGUCAAGGCCAACCGGAAUGCCUGGUUAAACCAUGGGCUGUCUGUCCGCCCGCAAAAUACGUUAGAUCACGUUACCCGGAAUUGUACUCAACUAAAUCUAAAAAAGAUUGUACAACAUAAUGAUACUCCAAGUGGAAGAAAGAAAGAGAAACAAAA